CUCGGGGUCGCCCAGGGGCCCUGCGAGCGGGACGCAGCGCAGCAGGCCGGGCCGUGGGGGGCGACGGAGGAAGGGGCCCGGUGUCCGAGUUGACAGGGGUCUGGGGGUGCGUUUGGCCUGGGCCGUCCGGUUACCCGGGACCCCGACCCCGGAAACGAGCGCUGGGAGCUCCGCGGACCCCAAGCGGAGGGCUGCGGCAUCUCCCCGUCCUUCCCGCCCCCGGUAUUGACCGGUGCCCAUUGUCAGCAAGUUCUGCGUCCCCCGCCUCUUUCUGGUGAGAAAACCAUGAGUCCAGUGAGGUUACAUGGCCAGCCCAAGUUCAUCCAAGUUUAGUGAAUGGAAACGGGCUGUAAUCCCAUGGAGCUAAGCAGCAUGUCAGGAUUUGAGGAGGAUGCAGAGCUUAAUGGUUUUGAAGAAGCUGACAUGAAAGACAUGAAGCUAGAAGCCGAAGCAGUCGUGAACGAUGUUCUCUUUGCUGUUAACAACAUGUUUGUCUCGAAAACCUUGCGCUGUGCCGAUGACGUGGCCUACAUCAACGUGGAGACGAGAGAGAGGAACAGAUACUGCUUGGAGCUCACAGAAGCAGGACUCAGGGUGGUAGGCUAUGCUUUUGACCAAGUGGAUGAUCACUUGCACACUCCCUAUCAUGAAACAGUCUACUCUUUGCUGGACACACUGAGCCCUGCCUACCGGGAAGCAUUUGGAAACGCACUCCUUCAAAGACUGGAAGCUUUGAAACGGGAUGGACAGUCAUGACUAAGCUCUUUCCUUCUUGAGGGGGCUGUGCUGGUAUAAAACAUUGACCUAAAGCUUUGACAUCCUUACGUAUUGUUAUAAUAGGAAAUGCAUCUUUGGUUUUAGGUCUGUCAUUUCUUGCUUCACAUUUAGGCUUUUGACUCAUAAUAUUAUUGACUAAUGGAUUCUCUUUCUUAGUUCCGGAUUCAUUAAGGGAAUCCUGAGGACAUUGCUGGGACACCAUGACUAAGACCUUCACAUUCCUUCAUAGAGUAGCUGCGUCUCAAAACCUAGUCAGUAUUUCAUUCUGUUAUCACAGGACGUCAAUGCCGCCAGCACUGUCUUUUACAUAGGAAAUUCUAGAAUUGCACAGUAAUCUACAGGAAUUAAAAUGACCUAACUUCAGACUUUGAUUCAGCUUGCUAAAUCAGGGGUUUACUACUAGCUUGGACUGACUUUGUAGUAAUUAUUUUGCUACUAGCCUUACUGGAAACAAAUGAUCAACUAGUUUCCCCCCCGGCACAAAUUUUGAAAUUCUCUGCUUCACUUAAUCUAUUUAUAUUAUGAAUAUGGACCGAUACAGAUGAAUUUAACUCUAUAUAUAACUUAGCUAGUAUUAAAAGGAAAACAGGUACUGAAGUGACAGUUCUGUAUUCCUUGUUUGCAACAGGCAGCCAACUAAAAGGACAGACCGUUAGCAAAUGAAUGUAAUAAUUACUUGUUUCCAAGAUAUUGAAGCACAUAAGCAAAUAUAGGAACAGGCUCCAUUUUUCUUAACAAAAAACAUCUUCAGUGUGUGCGUGUGAUUUAAAAGGAAGAAGAUUCUGAUUUCGCAGAAAACAAUAUUUUGGCCUGUGUUGACUCUUCCUAUGAAUGUUUGUUUACAUAAUGUACAGUAUAUAUUCAGAAAGUAUUUUUGCUUCUACGUUUACUUUCUAUAAAGUCGUGCUCUGGCAUUCCUGCCGCUCCCCCACUUCCCCAACAGACGCACAGUGUUCCGUCUCCAGGCCGAAUCUGCAGUGUAAUGUGAGUGCAUUGUAUGGGUUUGAAACCCAAAGGAUGAAUGGAGCAUUCAGAAACUUAAUACUUAAAAGAGGGAGACUUUGUUUUUAUAUUUUAUUACAGGCACUAAUAUUUAUAAAACUAAACUGUACCAUGCUGCUACAUGUUUUCAAGUACACGUUGAAUCCUAAGGAUUGGGGAGUUGGUUUUUUAGUAGUAGUCUAAAGCAGCAGCUGUAGAAAUGUUGAACUAAAUUCUGCCUCUGGACCCACCUUCAUAAUUUGUCAUCUGCAGACCUUUUUUUCAUCCUUAUUUGGUAAUAGGUACCCUUUAGGCCCUGAAGAUCAUGUAGAGCAGGUUGAAGUUUGGUUUGUAUCAGUAUUCAUCGUCAGAGUUCAUUGCAAGGCUUUAACUGCGUUUGCUAAAUGCCUAUUCCCUCACAACUUUAUUUUCCGAUGCUAACUGUUUGGGCAGUGAAGUCCAACUGCAAGUCGGGUUUUCUCACGCUCACUCUCAGGCUAAAUAAAUGUAAAGGAUAUUUGUAAAGUUUGAAUAAAAUUCUGUUUACUCACUUUGAGCUAAGUAUGAACAAAAGUGAUUGUAUGUUCAAAAGUUGACAUUGUUCGUUUUGUGAUACAUGGCUGGUUCCAGGAGACUCUGCAUCCAUUUUUAAAUUCCAUGUUGUUACAUUUUGCUGUGAAGUGAUUUGCUCUUUAUAUUAUUAUGAAAGAGGAACAGAGGGAAGACAUUAAUAAAGCUAUACAGAUACUAAAA